AUGGGUGGGUGUGAUGUGAUGGAAACCCACAAUGACUUCAACAGGAACCAUGAUCAGUCCAGGCGAAGGGCAGCGGGAGCCCAGGGCCUCCAGCACCAGCCACGAUCAGGGUCUUCACGCUUGAGGAAUGUGGAUGCACCAAUCGUGGGUAUACAGUCACCAACAAUGUUUAUACCUCAAGUGAAAAGCCAGAGUGAGGUAAUUAUUCCUGGGUACCCAACUGUCCCUGCUCAUUUCCAGUCAGAAAGGAUGGCAAGUUCUCCAGAUGAAGUGCAGAACUUGGCUACUGAUGCAGUUUUAAAGCAAUUGGGGAUGCUGCAAACCCCGGUGCGUAACCAAACUGCUAAUGCAAGAAUGUUGCAGAAUGGUCAGGCUUACAGAGGUCCUCCACUUACACCACAAUAUUACAUGACCUCUCCAGUGACCAUGGCUCCCAUUAUUACGCCUUCCAUACCUACACCAACUGCACAAAGCAUGGCAGUUACUCCUGGCACAUACUUGGUGCCAUCUCCUACUCUUGCUGGAUAUGAGAGCCUGAAUCCAUAUACUCUGCAAAGUGCUUAUUACCAGCAUGCUUUGAUGGGUCAGCAGGCGGGCAUUGCAACUCUAGAAAGGCCUCGAUAUAGCGCAACGGAAUAGAUUUUGGUGGAAUGUAAGGUAUUAUGUAAAAGAGAUGUGAUUUGCAAUAGAUUAUUUAUUACAUGUUUUUUAUUACAAAAAAAAAUGUUGUUUACAAACCUAGUAUCAGCUGUUCAUAUAAAACAUGUUCAUAUAAAUGGAUAAUAAACAAUAGCUAUAUACUCAGGAAAAAAACAUUGUUUACAACUUAAAGCCUGGAAAAAAAAAAAAAAUAAAAAGUUUAACAUCAAGAAUAUUACUGAAUGAUAUUUUCCAAAGCAAAAAAUUACUGUUAUGGUCUAAAAUAAAAUAAGUGAGGCAUAUUUUUGUUAGUAUCUGGAAUAGAAUAUAUUUAACUUUUUUCUUUUUUUUUUGCACAUGUAACUUUUAUAACACGAGUUCUUCAAAAAAUAUGGAAUUGAAUAUUAGUUUGGAGAGCAUUGCUAUAUAAUGCCAUAAUUAUUUUGAAAUGGGAGUCAGCUAAAGUUUUUAAUAAAAAAAAAUCUAAACCAGAUAGAUUAAUUGUUUUUUUGGUUUAUUAUGAGAUUUUAUUUGUAUAAUUCUCAUAUGCAAAAAAAAACAAACAAACUUUCAGGCUAUAUAAAAAAGUUAAACAAUAUCAGAAUGGGUUUUGUUUUUGUUUAAACUCCCAUGAUAUUCAAGAGUAUAGUAGUUCUAGUAAGAAAAGUUGAAAUGAAUAGGUUAGGAAUUAUAUAUUUAGGAAACCUUCUUCUUUGUGGCUAUCUUACCCUGUAGCCAGUGAACUACUUUAAUAAUGGCCAUUUUCUAAGCAAAAAAAAAGAAAAAAAAAAGAGAGAGAGAGAGAAAGAAAAAGAAAAAACUUAUGCUAAAAUUUUGUCCCAAAUCCCUUAGAAGGCUGUGGAACAAAAGUCUUUAUAAAUACCAAAGCUUUAGUGUGUAUAGAGUAGUGUUAUUUUUGUAUGACUGUGAUUAUAGAGCAAAUAAUCACAAUACUAUAUGUGAGUAGGUAAGCUAGAUGCCAUAUCAGUAAAUACCAGUAUUGUUAAAAGGAUCUGACUAACAUAAGCCACCACUUGAUCCUGUAAGGGGAUGAUUGUAGAUUUGAAGUUUGAUUUGGCAUUGGGAACAAUCUAAUUAUUUGAAUGUGGUCAGCCAGAUUUAAGGCUCGUUUCUUUGAGUGUGCUAGAGUUGAUGCAGCAGUCAAUGGAAAUGUGUCUUUUAAUGCCAGUGAGCAAUGGUGGGGCCUAAACUUAGGUGUCUUUGAUUAUGUGGAAUGCAUUGUAUUCACCGCACGGCACCUUAGUUUAAGUGUUAUUGUUGUUGUUUGGCUGAGAUGCAUGGUUGACUGAAGAGCUCGAGCACUCUUGGAAGCAAAAAAGCUUUAGAUUGCAUAUGAAGGGAUUAAGACUGAUUUAUUAUGGUAUGAAUUAAUAAUAUUUUGAGUUCUUUUGAAACUAAUUCUGUGAAGGGAUGAGGUCAUUUUUGUUGAUAAGGUACUACCUGACUUAUUUAUGUGGUUAUCUGUCUGUAUAUUUAUUUAUUUAUAGAUUGGUUAUAUGAACACAAGUAGAAAUGGCCCAGAACGUUUUUUCUUUGAUUGAACUUUUGCGAUAUUAGUUGUGCUUCUCUAAAUUUCCGUCUUAUUUUGAUUUUGUUUCGUAUAUGUACUUCUUACUUUUAAUGUUUAAUCUAGGGCUUACUCUUAUGAUUUGAAAUCCACAAAACAGAAAUAAAAACAUUUCUGUGAUUUCUUUUUAAGUUUCUUUAGAGGUAAUUGCCAUUAAUUCCAUGCCAGUGAUCCAAAAAGAUUUUAAAAAAAUCUUUGAAGUUCUUGGUUGGUGUAAUCUGGCAAAGGACCAUGGAAAGGAAAGUACAAAAAUAAAUGUAAAAUCCUUUCAAAUUGAAGGACUUUUUGUAAUAUGUUUGUGUAAUUUUAUGACUGGAUUUUAGGCAAAAUGUCUGAAAAUUAAAUUUUCUUCAGUUAAAAGUCCUAGAAACAUGGUUCUAAAUAUAUAGAAAUACUUUUCCUUUAUAUCAGUUUGCAAUUUAAAUUUUAGCUUAAUAUUAAGCUUCCCUUUAGCAGUGAUUAUAUUAAUGUUCCACUGUAAAUAUGAAGGCAUUACAUGCUGCCACAAUGAUAUUACAGAUGUUAAAACGUCAAUUGAAAUCAGGCUAACAGGAAUUCCAACAUUCUCUGCUCUUUUCAUCAUGCUAAUAGCAAUGUUCCCAAUGGAUGAAACUGAAUUCCCAUAUUUAAUUAUUUAACAUCUUUGUGUCCUCUUUCUUUUAGGUACCAUUAUGAUGAUAUCAAGUUCAACAAAUUAACCCAGUGCUGCUGGGCAUAGCAUGUACGUACAUGCCAUGCCCACUGUGAGUUUACUUUAUUAAUUGUUUUUACACAUAGAUGGCUCUACAUGUACUAAGUCACCAGUGAGUCAAUUAUGAGAACUGCCUGUCUCACCCGUUUACCCUUUUCCUUAAUUUAUGAAAAUAUUCUACAUUAUUUUAAUUGACUGUUACUUAUGUUUAUAACAUUAUAGUAAUUAUAAUGUCUGUAAUGAAAAUAACACCAUCAAUGUUCAUAGCAUUAGUAAAAAAAGUUUUUCCCACCAGUUCAAGGAAAGUUGAAAUCAGGUAAGGUCACAAGGUCUACUAAUUGACUCCUUUGUUGCUAAGCAUUAGCAGAGCCAUCUAUGUGCAUAGACAUUAAAAAAAGAAAAAAAAAAAAAAAAAAAAAAAAAUUUACUGGUGGCAUUGGGGUAAUAUGUAUGAUAUUAAUCUCCAUUUUCAAUUAGCCAUGUGUUGGACACAUGAUACAUAUUUUCAUGUUAUUUUUCUUGUAACAUUUAUUUUUGAGAAUUACUGCAUGAUACUCUUGGUACAGGGUGGAGGAAAUGGUUGAUUAAAACUAAUAUUCUAAUAAAAUGAAUAUAAACAAUACUUGGGUAGAGAUUUUUUAGUGUAACAAACUAGUCACUGCAAGGAAAAUAAAAAAGGAAAUUUCUUUUA